GACUCAGAGCUCUCUCUCUCUCUCUAUAUCGCGAGUAGUCGAUCUCCGGCCGGACAUGGACGACGACACGCUUUUCCCGUCGGCGGAAACCGACCUCGACCUCAGCUUCACCAGCCUCGCCUCCACCGCCGCCACCGACCGCACCUUCGCCUGCUCCAGCGCCCGCAGCAGCUUAGCCCGCAGCAGCCUCACCCUCAGCUUCAACGACCGCCUCUCCACCUCCUCCGCCUCCGCAUCCGCCCCCUCCUCCUCCUCCUCCUCCGCCGUCGCCGCCUCCCUCCUCCACCGCCGCCCCCACCGCCGGUCCGACCCCAACUGGUCCGCCAUCAAGGCCGCCACCACGCUCUCCUCCGACGGCCGCCUCCACCUCCGCCACCUCAAGCUGCUCCGACACCUCGGCACCGGCAACCUCGGCCGCGUCUACCUGUGCCGCCUCCGCGACUGCCACUCCGCCAGCUUCGCCCUCAAGGUCGUCGACCGCGACUUUUUGACCGGCAAGAAGCUGUCCCACGUCCAGAUGGAGGCGGAGAUCCUCUCCGCGCUGGACCACCCUUUCCUGCCCACCCUCUACGCCCACAUCAACGUCUCUCACUACACCUGCCUCCUCAUCGACUACUGCCCCGGCGGCGACCUCCACUCCCUCCUCCGCCGGCAGCCCGGCAACCGCCUCUCGGUCCAGGCGGUCAGGUUCUUCGCCGCCGAAGUCCUCGUCGCCCUCGAGUACCUGCACGCGCUCGGGGUCGUGUACAGAGACCUCAAGCCCGAGAACAUCCUCUUACGUGAGGAUGGCCACAUCAUGCUGUCCGACUUCGAUUUGUGCUUCAAGGCCGACGUGGUCCCCACUUUCAACACCCGAGCGGGGCCCACGUCGCCCAGGACGACGAGGAGGAAGGGCCGAAAGCUCUCGUCCUCCUCCUCCUGCAUCUACGGCUCGGUCAAGCGGGGAGAAGCGUGGAGAGAGGUGGUCGCGGAGUUCGCGGCGGAGCCCACGGCGGCCUACUCGAGGUGCUGCGUCGGGACCCACGAGUACCUCGCCCCCGAGCUGGUCUCCGGGAACGGGCACGGCAACGGCGUCGACUGGUGGGCCUUCGGGAUCUUGCUGUACGAACUGUUGCACGGGACGACGCCGUUCAAGGGCGGGAGCAAGGAGAGCACCCUGCGCAACAUAGCCUCGAGCAAGCAGGUGAGGUUCCCCGCGGCGGCGGAGCGAGAGGAAGCCGGCAUGGCCGAGGCGCGGGACUUGAUAGAGAAGCUGUUGGUGAAGGACCCGCGGAGGCGGCUAGGCUGCGCCCGGGGCGCCACCGACGUUAAGCGCCACCCCUUCUUCGACGGGAUCAAUUGGCCGCUGAUCAGGAGCUAUCGGCCGCCGGAGGUCCCGGGGCUCGUCAGGAAGCCGAAGCCGCACGCGGGCCACGUCGCGAGCAUCGCGCCGCAUCACAAGCGGCGGCGCUGGUGGUGGAAGGGGCUGGAGUACUUCAUGAGAAGUAGCAAAAGAUCUACGUCGAAGUACUAUUACUCGAGAAACCCCAGUCGGAGCAACAGCAAUUACUAUCAAUACUACGUUAAGAAUAGCAGUUCUCAUAAGAUGUGACACAAUCUUACUCGGGGGUUCCUUUUUUUCCGAAAGUUUUCCACACUCUUUUGACUUUGCCUUGGGAGUUCAGGAUUUUGUAAAGCGGGUAGUGAUGGCAACCAAACUUCUCCAAGUUUCGGUGGGAUUGUAUUUUGCUAUGUAUAUGGACAGACAGAUUGUAUGGAUGUAUAUGAAUCGAGGUUACAAAAUUGUUGGAGUCCGAGUUUGUGAUUUCUUUAAA